AUGAGAAGCUUACAGCAAGAGAAUGGCGACGCUGCCGUGACCGCGACCCAGGUCCAUAAUGUCACUAAUGGAUAUAAGACUGACUCCCAACCCUCACGAGCAAUAGAAAUCGAGGGUCUCAUCAAAUCCGUUCUUGCCCAGUUGAUUCCUUUCCUUACCUCAGCAGACCAGGAACUUCGAGCACACCAGGUUCAUGACGAAGUCGUUGAAACCUCUCUGGUAGACACCAAGUCGCCAUCUGAGCUGACUUACAUUCUCACUGAGGAUGGAACCUUGACCCUCCCUGAGCAUGGAUCUAGUCAGGCAGGCUUGCUCCGAUCUUUAAGCUCGAUAUUGUCCUACUCCGUAAACACCUCCUCGCCUGGGUUCCUGGACAAACUUUACUCUGCACCGCUCGCACCAGGCAUCGCAGCUGAUCUGACGCUAAGCGUGCUGAACACGAACCUUCAUGUCUAUCAAGUCAGCCCCGCUCUCACGCUCAUCGAAACCCAUGUCACGAAAGCACUCGCAUCUCUUUUUGGUCUGAAAGGCUCAAGAGCGGGCGGGAUAAAUGUCCAAGGGGGCUCGGCAAGCAACAUGACCAGCAUCGUCAUUGCCCGGAAUACACUGUAUCCCAAUACGAAAGUUCAUGGAAACAAUGCAGAUGGACUCGACCUUGUUCUCUUCACGUCUGAGCACGGGCACUACAGCAUCACUAAAGCAGCACAACAAUGUGGCUUUGGCAGCGCCGCUGUCAUUUCCAUUCCAGUUGACGAAACGACGGGUCAAAUUCGUCCCGAAGAAUUCGAGGAUUUGGUCGUGGAGCAGAAAUCGCAGGGCCGCACCCCGUUCUACGUCAAUGCCACGGCAGGCACGACGGUUCUUGGAUCCUUCGACCCAUUCACAGAGAUCUCUGCGAUUGCGAAGAAGCAUGGUUUGUGGAUGCACAUUGACGGAGCAUGGGGUGGGAGCUUUGCCUUUUCGAACUCCCUGCGACAGGAAAGGUUGAACGGCGCGGAAUUGGCAGAUAGCAUCGCGAUCAAUCCGCACAAGAUGCUUGGUGUUCCAGUCACCUGCAGUUUCUUGAUCCUGAAGGAUCUGCGAGAUGCUGAGAGGGCAUGUACCCUGCGGGCGGGUUAUCUGUUCCACGAUGUGGAGGAGGCGCAGGAUCUUGACAAUGACGAGAACCCCGAGCAGAGGCGAGUAGAAGCCAACGGGCAAGGUUCACAUGAGAACACAGACGAGUGGAGUCAGCCGGUGGAUCUCGCAGAUCUCACCCUACAAUGCGGCCGGCGCGGCGAUAGUCUGAAACUCUUCCUGAGCUGGCAAUACUACGGCACAUUAGGCUAUGCGUUGAAAAUCGAGAACGCGUACUCCACGGCAGCAUAUUUCGCAGACCUCGUCUCGAAGAACAGCAACUUCCAACUCGUCAGCCAGAACCCCCCCCCGUGCCUGCAGGUGUGUUUCUACUAUGCACCUGGCCGGACCUCGGUAUACCAAGUCUCCAACAGGGCGGAUGAGAGCGAGAAAACCAAAGUCGGAAAGAGGAAUUCUGUGGUGACGUCCAGAAUCACGCGACUGCUGGUGCGGAGAGGGUUCAUGGUUGAUUACGCGCCUGCUUUGGGGCAUGAAACUGAGAAAGGGGCGUUCUUUCGUGUCGUGACCAAUAUCAGCAUGGUUAGGGAGACGGUUGAGAGACUUGUGCAGGAUAUUGAGGUGCUGGGGAAGGACGUGGCGAGGGAAUUGAAGGAUCGCUCGCGCCUUUGA